UCAUCGUCGAAAGAAAGAGAACAAUCUUGCAAUCCUUUCAUCCGCUCUCUGUUUUAGAGUAGCAACUUUUUUGGUUCAACCUUUAUAAACCUUUACUAGUGAAACAUUAGGAUCACGUUCACGUAAUCUUUUCUCCUUGUGACCCCCGUGUGCGCGCGUAUUCGGGAUACAUCAGUGGUUUAAUUCAACGAUUCGCGAAAGUUUACGAGUUAUCUUGUUAAGUAAAGGUUUGUUGGCACUGUGCUUCUCCGAACUUUCAACAAAAAUGAUAGAUUUCCGCGACGACAGUACUUCGAGUUCACCGAUACCCAGCAGUAGACACAGGGAGUCUUCGUCAGGAAUUCCUCAGUCUCAGUUGUCGUCAUUAAGUCCAUAUUUAAAUUAUGAUCCAGUAUAUUUACCUCCUAGUCAACCAGAAUUCAUAUUCCCAGAAGGGGCUUCAAAACAGAGAGGCCGUUUUGAAUUUGCGUUCAGUCAGAUAGGAGGAGCUUUUCUUGUUGGAGCUGCACUCGGUGGUUCAAAUGGAUUCUACAAAGGAUUAAAAGCAACGCAAUUAGCAGGACAGACAGGCAAAUUGAGGAGAACACAAAUGAUAAAUCAUAUAAUGAAACAUGGCACAUCGUUAGCAAAUGCGCUUGGUGUUGUGUCUUUGAUGUAUAGUGGAUUUGGUGUACUACUCUCCUACACCAGAGGGACAGAUGAUUCUAUUAACACACUAGCAGCUGCCACUGCCACCGGCGUAUUUUUCAAAUCCACAGCUGGACUAAGGAGGUGUGCAGUCGGAGGAGGGAUUGGCUUUGGAAUCGCGGCGAUAGUUUGUUUAUGGAAUAGUAGGGAUGCAUUUUCUGAAAUUAGGCAUCAUCGCAUGAAUCCAGCAUAAGACUGGGUGUGUGCCAGUCGUUUCCUUGAUCAGACCUAACUGUUACGAGUGUUCUUACUCCUUGCAAUUUUUUUCCUUUUUUUACUAUUGUAUAAAAUUUUUAAGACUUAAAAUUCAUUAAUCAUAACAUCACUGCUAACAUAAUGUUAACAGUAUGUGUGUUAAAAAAUUUAACUACUACAUCAUUUUGUUAUUUUCUUUUUACUGUUAUGUUAGCACCACCGAACUAAAAAAAAAAACGCUAAUUUCUCACAGCUUCUAGAUUUUGAAUGUAACUUCUGUAUUUAUCAUAAAAAUUUCGAUAAAAAGUACGAUGUUUUACAUAGUAACAUCUGUUAUCACGACAAUAGAUUUUACUAUUUUUUAAAUAUAGUGCUACGUAUUAUUAUAAAAUUAUUUCAAUUUAGGUCGGUGGUUACAGCAAAGAAAGUGCUUAACUGCAACGUAGUGUAGAAAUUUUUAAAAGUAAUCAAUAAGAAAAAAAAGAGAGAAAUGUUUAUAAUUAGAAAAGUAACUGCUGCUUGACAUAGAUGUUUGUUUUACAUUCUGUACCGAAAGUUGCAUAGUUAACAUAAAAAUACAUUUAAUGGGUACUACUCUAAUGAUUUGCUUAAAGGUGUGCACACCAUUAGAGUAGUUGCAAGCAAGACUGAAAUAAAUCAGUGAAA